AUGGAGCAACACUCGUCACCAGCUGCAGUCGGGGCCAAACCCCAAAAACUAACCGUCCACAGCAGCGGGGGGGUCCCUGCGUGGGACGCUGAGACCGAGCAGACGUCUUCAACCAAUCAGGGUUCUGCGGAGGAGCCGAGCGAUCCAGAUGUUUUGAUAAAGGAGGAAAUCGUAAAAGAAGAGAAGGAAGACGAGCUGCUCCCUAACCAGGACGGACCGGCGGAGCGGCUGCCAGAUCCAGACUUCAGGGAUGAAGGCCCCUCCGGGAUGCUGACCCCCUCCGGGAUGCUGACCCCCUCCGGGAUGCUGACCCCCUCCUCGGUGGCGGUCCUGAGGCUGUGGGAACGGACCAGCGACGGGCCGCCGCAGUGCCACGAGUCUCCCAGUGCAACGGCGUCACCGGGCGCCGACAGACGCUCUCCAGACGGCGUGUACGACUUGGCCUCGGAGUCGGACUGCGAAGCUCCGUCCGCGGCCCAGAUGAGGACGCCCGCCCCCCUCGGGUCCGGAGGAAGCCUCUCCGCCCCCCUCGGGUCCGGAGGAAGCCUCUCCGCCCCGCCGCCUGCUGGGACGUCCCUCCGCUACAACACAGAGACGGAGCUGUGCUCCUCGUGGACCAAUCAGAGCCUUCCGAGCAUGGUGCCCGCCCCUCCCCCGACCACGCUGCUGGACAAAGUGUCGGAAAUGAGCGGCCCGGGUUUCCCGCUGGCGCUCGGUCUCGGCGGGUACCGGUUCUGCGGCGACCGGCGCUUCGUCUGCAGCUACUGCGCGAAGUGCUUCACGUCCUCCCGCAGCCUGGAGACGCACUUGCGCGUCCACACGGGCGAGCGACCGUACAGCUGCGCCCAGUGCGGCAAGCGCUUCACGCAGUCGGGACACCUGAAGACGCACCAGAGCGUCCACACCGGGGAGCGGCCCUUCGCCUGCGAGCACUGCGGGAAGAGGUUUGCAGGGAAGCAGAACCUGAGGAUCCACCAGCGGAAGCACCACGUGGCCGAGCAGAGCGCCGCUCACGUUUAACACAAACACUGAACCACGUGCUCUGAUGCUAAUGAACGCCGGCCUGGGAUCAAACACAACCUCGCCGCCGUUACUCUAAUCAUUUAAAUGGGUGACUUUGGUGUGUUUUAACAUGUUUUUGCAUCUAAGUGACUGAUGGUCCAGUAUUAAACGAGAUCGCUGUGCAAGGCGGUGAUGUGAUGAUGACUCUGGGUCUUUGUCCAGCGUCAGUCAGCGUCCGCUAAAAGUUCUGGUUUUGUCUCUGACACAUCAGAUUAUUAGUCUAAGUGUUCUGGAAACAUUAUGGAAAGGUUUCCUACAGAGACAGAGCUUUUAGUUAGAGAGUAAGAUCGUUUUAGUUUAACAU